UAGCUUGGGUUCAUGUUAAAUAUGUUGUUUCUCCAGAAUUUUGAUAGAUUUCCCGUGAGCCCGUGAGCUUUCUUCUUCCAUGUCGCCGGCCUUCCCCCAAUCUGCAGCUCCGGUUUCUUUGCUUGCAAAUUCUGGAAGCGAAACUGAGAACGAGGAAACCACGGAAAGUGACGAGUUAGAAGGCUAGCCAUUUUGUAAAUUGAUAUAGAUUUUAGAAUAAAUCAUGAUCUUGUAAACUAGAGUGUAUUGGAGAUUUAUGAUAUUAGAGCAAAUUAUAAAAUUUGAUCUUCAGA